GGUUGGUGUCCUCAGGUAACCUGGGAUCCUGCCAGCCUCUGCAUCCUGCUGAGCCGCAGGCCCUGUCCACCUGAAGGCUGUGUGUCCCGCUGCCUUGUCCCAGAGUGGAGGACCCUUGAGCAUUCUGGAAGAUUGUGUUUGGAAAACAUGGAGGGAAACUUAUCUUCCUCUGUUUCUUUUCCUGGAACUGGAGAACCUUGUGAAGGAAGUAACUCCUCUCCUGCUGUCCCAAAGAGUGGAUAUAUCCUGAUGGCCACCCUGUGGUGACGUCACCCUUUAUCCUAGGACCCCAGAGGUCUGGGGUCCUGAGGCUGCCCGCGGACUAUGGGUACGACGGCCAGCACAGCCCAGCAGACGGUCCCGGCAGGUGCCCCCUUCGAAGGCCUCCAGGGCGGCGGCGCGGUGGACGGGCGGCCCUCACUCAGCGUCCACUCCUUCCAGACCAUGAGCGUGCACAACAGCAAGGCCAAGUCCAUCAUCCCCAACAAGGUGGCCCCGGUCGUGAUCACGUACAACUGCAGGGAGGAGUUCCAGAUCCACGACGAGCUGCUCAAGGCCCACUACACGCUGGGCCGCCUCUCGGAUGCCACCCCGGAGCACUACCUGGUGCAGGGUCGAUACUUCCUGGUGCGGGAUGUUCCUGAGAAGGUGGACGUGCUGGGCACCUCGGAGAGCUGCGGGGCCCCCAACUUCCGGCAAGGGCGCGGCGGGUUCCCUGUGUUUGGCAUGGGGCAGCCCAGCCUCCUGGGAUUCAGGCGCGUCCUCCAGAAACUUCAGAAGGACGGACACAAGGAGUGCGUCAUCUUCUGCGUGCGCGAGGAGCCCGUGCUGUUCUUGCGUGCUGGCGAGGACCUCGUGUCCUACACACCUCGCGACAAGCAGAACCUUCAUGAGAACCUCCGGGGCCUGGGUCCUGGGAGCCAGGCGGAGAGGCUGGAGCUGACCAUCCAGAAGGAGAUCCACGACUUUGCCCGGCUGAGCGGGAACACUUACCACGUGUACCACAGCACGGGGGACCUGCAGGGGGAGCCCCACGCCCACGGGCCUCCCCCGGCCCUCCUCUUCAGCUGCCAGUCAGGCGUGGGCAGGACCAACCUGGGCAUGGUGCUGGGCACCCUCGUGCUGUUUCACCACAGUGGGACGAUCUCACAGCCAGAGGCCGUCCCUCCGCAGACGAGGCCGCUGCCCCUGGAGCAGUUCCAGGUGGUCCAGAGCUUCCUCUGCACCGCGCCCCAGGGGAGGAAGGUGGUGGAGGAGGUAGACAGGGCCAUCGCCGCCUGCUCUGAGCUGCAUGAUCUGAAGGAGGAGGUCCUGGAGGGCCAGCGGCAGCUGGGAGCCACCCAGAGCAGGGCGCAGGGAAGCGGUGGCCAGCAUGACGUCCGGCAGAGGGCGCUGCGGAGCCUGGAGCGGUACUUCUACCUGAUCCUGUUUAACUACUAUCUCCACGAGCAGGUGGGCCUGGGGGCUCCUCCACAUGUCCCCCCCCAUAGAGUGAUGGGUGUCAGGGACCCCACGGAGCUGGGUGGGGGCGCAGGUGCUGUGUUGGUCCCCAGGAAGGCGGAAGCCAGGGACCCGUGGGAGGGUGGUUCCUGGGAGGCCGAUGACCUGGUCUCUCCGGAUGCUCUCAGCACCAUCAGGGAGAUGGACGUGGCCAACUUCCGGCGAGUGCCCCGCAUGCCCAUCUAUGGCACAGCCCAACCCAGUGCCAAGGCCCUGGGCAGCAUCCUGGCCUACCUGACUGACGCCAAGAGGAAGCUGCGGCAGGUGGUCUGGGUCAACCUGCGGCAGGAGGCCGUGCUGCAGUGUGAUGGCCACACCCACAGCCUGCCAUUGCCCGGGCCAGCGCUGCUCCCCGACCAGCUGGAGGCCCUGGAGACCCAGCUGAAGGCCCACCUGAGUUCGACGUCCCCCGACACGAAGGGCCCACCGAGCCUCCGGUUCCAGACGUGCCUCACCAUGCGGGAGGUCUUCAGCCAGCACCACGGAGCCUGCCCCGGUCUCACCUACCACCGCAUCCCCGUGCCUGACUUCUGUGCCCCCCGAGAGGAGGUGAGGGGCCGGGCAGGCCAAGGCCGCUGGGGGCACACCAGGUCAGAAACCAAAGGUCAAAACACAACACUUUGGGAGCCUGGCCUGAGAGGCACAGGACCCCACCUUGUCAGUCCCUGCCUGAGAGAGGGCCAGCAGGGCUCUGCAGCCAGGGCCUGGCCUCAGGCUGGGGUGGCCGUUCAGAGGGGGCUGAGCCAGCUGCCUAGCCUGGGGACCCCACCCCACUGUCUCUCGUGUGCUCCUCCCGCUCCCCGGGCCCAGGUGGUGAUGGACGUGGUGCAGCUGCUGCCUGAUGGGCACCACAUGAAGAAGGAGGUGGAUGCAGCGCUGGACACAGUCAGCGAGACCAUGACACCCAUGCACUAUCACCUGCGGGAAAUCAUCAUCUGCACCUACCGCCAGGCAAAGGCCGCCAAGGAGGAGCAGGAGGCGCGGAGGCUGCGGCUGCGCAGUGCGCAGUACCUGGAGCGCUACGUCUACCUGAUCCUCUUCAACGCCUACCUCCACCUGGAGAAGGCCGGCUCCUGGCAGAGGCCCUUCAGCACGUGGAUGCGGGAGGUGGCAUCGAAGGCCGGCGUCUAUGAGAUCCUGGACCGGCUGGGCUUCCCUGAGCUGGAGAGCCUGGAGGACCAGCCCUUCUCGAGGCUGCGACACCGGUGGCAGGAGCAGAACCUCGGUCCUGAGCCCUCUGCUGCUGGGGACUUCCUGUAGGGGCUUCCCUGCCUCUCCUGCAGGGCUGGGGGGACCCUGAGUGUCUCUGGCCGGGACUGGCCCUGGGGGCUGCCUGGAGAGCCUGGGCGGGAGCCUUUUGGGAGAGAGCUUCCUGUGGGACAUGCAGACGGCACAGCCGCUCCUCAUAACCCAGACGCACGUGGAGGAGCCUCCAGGGAACGACAGGGUGGACACCUGCAGGCUGCUGGCACUCGGCUUCUGAGGAGCACCCCUCCGGGGCCCACAGCUAACCGCCACCUUCCGUCCUCUCCAGUCCCUCUCAGUGGCUCUGAGCCCUGCGGGGCUGCUCCUUCCUUUCUUCCUCUUUUCUCGGCUCUCUUCACCCUCCCCUUUGCCGCCUGAGCCCGGCUGUGGGUCCCUGGCUGCGGGUCCCUGGCUGCCCCAGGUGAGGGGACAGUGCUCCAGGUGAUUGAUCAGUUUUCUUGUGUCUCUUGCCAGUCCCCAGCCUGGGGCACUGGGAGGACAAGGUGCCACGCUGGGCUGCCGGGGCCUUUCCUCUCCCUCCUUCCCACUCCCCUGGGGCUGGCAGGAUGGUGGAGGUCCCCAACCAGCUUGAAAUCCCUUUUAGGAGAGGAAGAAGUUUCCAGCACAGCAGGAAGUUCUGCUCCGUUGCCCAGCAGCCUGGGCUGCAGGUGCGGAAGAGCCAGAGCCUGGGGCUGCGGCCCCUCUGCUCCUCCUUCCUGUCCCACCCAUGCAAGAUGGCCCCACCUGCUGCUGCAGGAGCCCCAAGGACUUCGGAUCCACAACAGGCUCCGGGGCAGCCCUGGUGAACCGUGGAAUGUGGGACUGGGCCAAGGAUGCAGGAGGGUCACCUGAUUCCAGACCGUCCUCGCAGAGAUCCUUGAGCUGUCUCCCCAGCCACAGGAAGGGCCAGACACUGCUGAGGCAGGUCACCGGAGCUACCUCGCCCAGUUAAAGGCGGCACGGAGAAGUGACAGAAAGGGCCGUGUGGGUUGAGAUUGCCUCUCCUCUGUCUGGAGGCUGGUGUUUGCUGAAAUCUAGGCCCUGGGCAGUGAGGAGCCUAUCCUCCCACCUGGCCAUGGGGCCAGGGAGGCCUCUCUGGGGAGCUCAUGCCCAUCUGCAGAAAAUUAGGAGGUGUCCUUCUCGUUGGCUGCCAUAUAUGAAAGGGAGAGAGGAGGCCAAAGCUGUCCACUUGUGCCCAGUGUUGGGAAGUGGGGACCCUGUUAGCUGAAUUAUUUUUGCAAAACUACUGUAUGUCUGCUCACUACCUUUUCAGAUUUGUUUUAUAAUUUUGCAUGUACUCAAAAAUUUUAAUUUCUUUGCAGACAAGGUCUAGCUGAGGAGUCAGAGACUGGGGCUACACUGGGAGGGAUCUCUGUGUUCUCAUGGUUGACCCUGACUUUCAGCUGUGCUGGGACCACUGGCCGAUCACUUCACCUCUCUGCCUCAGUUUCCCCAUCUGUAAAAUGGGAGAAUAAUACUUGCCUACCUACCUCACAGGGGUGUUGUGAGGAAUCAUUUGUGAUUUUAUUAUUAUUUUUUUUUUGUAUAGAGCUUUUUGGCAUUAAAAACAGCUUAAAUGUGAA